UUUUUUUCCCCUCGUCUCGUAGGACCGGACUUUCUCGAGAUGUCCGAAACGGCCCCCGUUGCGCCCGCGGCCCCGGCGCCCGCGGAGAAGACCCCCGCCAAGAAGAAGCCGAAGAAGCCGGCGGGCGGAGCGCGGCGCAAGGCCGCGGGUCCCUCGGUGUCCGAGCUGAUCACCAAGGCGGUGGCGGCGUCCAAGGAGCGCAACGGGGUGUCCCUGGCCGCGCUGAAGAAGGCGCUGGCCGCCGCCGGCUACGACGUGGAGAAGAACAACAGCCGCAUCAAGCUGGGGCUCAAGAGCCUGGUCGCCAAAGGCACCUUGGUGCAGACCAAAGGCACCGGCGCCUCGGGCUCCUUCAAGAUCAACAAGAAGGCGGCCGGCUCCGAGGGUAAGGCCAAGCCCAAAGCCAAGAAACCGGCGGCCGCGGCUAAGCCCAAGAAAUCGGCCGGGGCCGCCAAGAAGCCCAAGAAGCCUGCGGCUUCCGGGGCCAAAAAGAGCGUGAAAAAGACCCCGAAGAAAGCCAAGAAACCUGCAGCGGCGGCGGGGGCCAAGAAGGCGGCCAAGAGUCCGAAAAAGGCCAAAGCGGCUAAGCCCAAGAAAGCAGCCAAGAGUCCGGCCAAGCCGAAGCCUGUGAAGCCCAAAGCGGCCAAGCCUAAGGCUGCGAAGCCCAAGGCGGCCAAACCCAAAAAGGCGGCGGCGUCUAAGAAGAAGUAGGAAAUGACUACUCCUAUGUUCUAUACACCCAAACGGCUCUUUUCAGAGCCACCCACAGGUCUCAGAGAAAGAGCUAAGUACACUGGUUUAUGAACUGGGUAAAGGUGUACUGGCCCGUUUAUCUCAGUGUCCUGAUUGGGGUGUUAUUGUCU